GGCGCCGAGCAUCCUCCAGCGAACCGGGAACACCGGGAACGGGGGGGGGGACACGGAUACACAGCGACGGGGACAGGGACAGCGAGGGGGGGGCUCCGCCGCCUGCCCGGCCCGGGAGGGGUGUCCCUGCCCGCACCCAUGAGCAGGACCAGCGGCCUCCAGCGCCGCACAACCUUCCUCAUCUCCCUCACCCUCGUCAAGCUCGAGUCGGUGGCGGCAGCGCCGGGAGAACCGGAGCCGGCGGCGGCGGCCGCGGCGGCGGCGGGGGGGGGCAGCGAUGGGUCCCCCCACCCCGGGGGGAGGCCGGUUGAUGCCGCCCGCCCCGAGGAUCCCGGUGGCGGCGGCAGAACGAAGCGGCCCGAGCGGCUCUUCCAGCGCCAGGACGCUCUUUGGAUAAGUACAACCGGCCCCCCCGACGCUGCGGCCCCCCCCGGGAGCCCCCGGACCCCCAGCCCGGGCCCGACGCCCAUCACCGAGGCCUCGGCCCCCCCUCCCCGCCCCGCCGCCGCCGCCGCCUCCCGCCGGCCCCGUUCUCCCACCUCCACCCCCCCCGUCGUACCCCCAAAACCCGACCCGACCCUGCUGCCCCCCCCCCCGGUUGUACCCCCCAAGCCCGACCCGGCGUCUCUUCCCCCCCCACAACCCCCGCUUGUCCCCCCCAAACCGGACCCGGCUUCGCUCCCGCUGCCCCCCGCCGUACCCCCGAAACCCCCCGCGGCCUCCCUCCCCCCCGCCGUACCCCCAAAACCCGACCCCCCUCCCCGAGGGGUGUCCAAGGGCACCUUGGAGGCAACAGGGGAGCGGGGCCGCACCCCCCCCGCCCUGGCGACCCCGCGCCCCCCGCUGCUGGCCCAGGCAACAUGGGGGUGCCCCGAGGUGACCCCGGAGGUGGCCAAACCCCCCCCGCACCCCGUGUCCUCCCCGCACCCCUCGGCCGGGCCCCGCCGGCUCCGCUUGACCGGGACGAAGCCGUUUAAAGUGGUGACCCCCGGGGACCCCCUGAAGGCGACCAAAGGGCCCCUGAAGGCGACCGGGAGCGGGGCCGGGGGCAGCCGCCUCUCGUGGCCCGAGGGCGAGGGCAAGGGGCGGCCCAAAGCCGGGGGGGGCAAAGUGGGACCCGAGGUGGGGCCGCGGCCGUCGGGACGGGCGACCUGCCCCCGGUAG